UUUACAAACUGGUGUAAGUUUUCAAGACGUUUUUAGUGCUAAGAAGUUUAAUUUACGGGUGCAUAUGUUACGUCAUGACGUAGAAAAUACAUAAAUUCAUUUAAAGCAGUUUGUGUUGUGGUGUUUCAUGGCGCUUGAAAAUAUGUUUGCGUCUUCAAUACUUCAAAAUUGGAUUUUAUGAUUAGCAUCAAUUUGAUUAGUGCUUUUUUUUGGUUAGAAUUAUUAUUCGUAUUUAAAAUAGUGCGAUUAUGUUUUACUACUCCAAUGUUAUGCCUUAUUAUGGUUACGUUCACCAUCCUGUACGUCAGAAGCCCUCCAAAAAAACAAGAGUGCACUUACACCCGGGUUAUACUCACAAGAAAAAACGUUUCUCCCUCGCAUAUUACUUGAAAUAUGUACUGUGGAAGAAAAUUCGUCGCUUUUGGAAAAAACGUCGGAACAGAAGCAAAAAGAAGAAAACUAGAAAGCCACCAUCUGCUGUAACUGCCCUCAGCAAUCGCGGAAGUGACGAAAAAAUCGAUAUGAGAGACUUCUGGGGAUCCAAGUAUGGAUCUCAAUGGCUGUUCGCCAAGCAAAAUCAGCUCCAGCAAGUCAAUCAUAAUCAUUUGGUGGAACUCGUCGAUGCUUUCAAAACCAUGGAUCUAAAGUAUGCCAAAAAGAAUAUUCCACCUGGUAACCAAAUUCAAUCUGAUCCUAAUAUGGUGCCCACUCGAUUCCAAAAGUCGAAAAGCAAUUGCUGUCCUGAACAUAGCUGUCCUUGCUCUAGGAAGCAAAAACGUAGAACACGUAAGGAUGGUUUAGAAACUGAAGGAAGCGAAUGGUCAUUGUCUACUUUGCAAGUUCAGCAGAAGCCAUAUUCUAAGUGGCCACCUCAUCCUCCGCCUGGUGCAAGGCACUAUUGUGGUAAAGACGAACUGCUGGCCACAGUCCCGUCUCGUCAACACGCGUAUGUGUACAAUUGGUUGUACGUCGACCAAAUUCAGAGUCGUUGCAAUCUUCCUUUAUCCCGGGAAUAUUUGGAUCAAGUUAAAUCUCGGUUGUCUCGAUCUCCUCGAUCUAAGAGGAAAAGCAGGAGACAAGAUACUUUCAGCCAAACUUCAUCGAGUUGUAGUGAAUGUUCCAGUACGAUAGGUCGUCGUCAAAAAGCAAAGAUUCUGAAAAAGCAGAUUAGGGCUCGAGAAAAGGCUUCAAUUCUAUGGCUACUUUCGAAGGCAUUUGAAGGAGAAAUUCCAUCAGAUUUGAUAGAACCAUUCUAUAGAGAUCAAGAUAACACUCGCCGAUUAAAACCAAAGAUUGUACAUUCACUGGCAAAUGCUGAACUUUAUUGCCUAGCCUUAGUUAAUAUCUAUGCAGAUCCCAACUAUCACAAUCUCGAUCAUCAAGGAAUCGUUCAAGUUUUAACUAGGAAAGGUGUUACUCUAGUCGAGUCACGGGAAGCACCUUUGACAGAAACAAUGCUUGUUCAGACGGCUCCUAUCAGACUGAAUGCUCACAUGGCGGUCAUUGAUGGUAUUAUGUCACUAUACAUCAAAGAAGUUCUUAUACCUGAAAAAAUAGUUGAAGUUGUAAAGAAAUUUUCCCAUGUUGAUGCUAGUAGCGAAAUACCAUCAAGUUCUGAAGAAGCAGCUGUUUUAUGGAUCAAUAAAUGUUGCAGAUCUUUAGAACAAGAAAUUAGGUCUGAAUGCAGCCCAGAAGAACAAUGUAGGUUACCCAAAAUUCCAGUUUUACAAGAUAUUUUAGAUGUAAGCGAUGGCUGUUGCCUAGCAGCUGUUAUAUGUUACUACUGCCCUAAUUUCUUCAGGUGGCAAGAUAUUUGUUGGAAUGAUCCCAUGAGCCUUGGAGAUAGUAUUUAUAACUUGCAGCUUGUGCGAAGGUUUUGUUCAGAAUGUUUACCUAGAGAAAUCAAUUUCUUGUCUUUAGAAGAUCUUUUAUACCUCCACAAAAAUCCCUCUCUAAAAGAAAAUGUUUUAGUGUUUAUUUCUGAUUUGUUAUAUAUGUUCGUCAUUUUUAGAGCAUCAUGUGUUACGCAGAAGAGAAAGAACGCUCGAGAAUCUAGUCAUAUACCAUUAGAAAAUUCAAAAUCACUAGGCAGCUUCCAAAGUCACAAAAAUCAGAAUACCUGUAAUCCUAUACCUAAUCUGAGAUCUGAUUCUUAUGGUGGGUCAACAUCAAGUUUACCUGACAUAAGACCAGGAAGUCGCACAAAAACGUAUGGUAGCAAAGAAAGAUUAUGUGAGAAAGUUUUAAAGAAAUCUAAUAUACCUACAGAAGAAAUGGGGCCAAACCAGUUACAAAGAACAAAUUCUGUAGGCAUGGUUAAUGGUUGGAAAACAACCAAUUUACCACAUGUAAAUUCAACGGAAUCAGUUUCUAAUAAUUUAAGGCAUAUCAAUCCUGAAUUAACAAGGCUUCCAGCUGAAGGAGAGAGUGCAAGCAGUCAUGCAUCUCAACCCUCAAUUGGUAGCAUCGAUGAGGGCAAUAUACCAAAAAAUGCAACCCAUUUACCUAGAACUGAUUUUUAUAAGCAAAAUUCACCACCCAGGGAAAAUUUGGGCUAUGGCUUUCGAAAAAGUAGUGAAACGGGAUUGCACUGUUAUCGCAGUGAUGGAGCCAACUUAAACGGAGUGCAAGAACCUAAAAAAGGACGUAAAAGUUUAGAAGAUUAUUACAACCAACUUGCCGGAGUUGAUGGUCCCUUGAGGUCUAUCUCAGCAACAAAUAUUACUGAUAAUAGUAGGUGGAGAAAUCUAACUAGUGAUAAGAGCACUUCAAAUCAGCAUGUUGAUGGUAGUGUUCCAGAAUCAGCUAGUUCGCAAAGUUCAGGCAUUUGCUUGAGUGACUUCGAUGCUAAGAACAAUUUUUCCACAACAAGUUUUGCACAGCUAUCGAAAUUAAAAGAUAACAUUGGUAACUCAAUUAACAUUGUGUACAUGCAACAUGAAAAAGAAGCAUCGGAGAGCAGUGGUGUUAAAAGUAAAAGUAGUAGAACUGACACUGAAGGUAAAAGGACUACAUUUGCUGCUUUGCCAAAUACCACUACCUGGCAGCAGCAAUAUGCUGCACACUCUCAUUUUCCACCUACUGAUUCCGGACACGAAACACCAACUGAACCUGGUGAUAACAUGUUAAAUGCUCAGCUGUGUGACAUUAAAAUGAAAUUGGAGGAAAAGAAGCGAAAAAUCGAGCUAAAGAAGAAACGAAUGGAAAUGUUGUGGAAAAAACAGAGGCAAAAACUCGGAAAGGCAGCAUUUUUACAAGCUGUAAGUAAAACACCUACCUCUGAAGCUGGGACACCUGAUAGUGGCACAGGCAAAGAGGUAACUGAACCAGAUUGCCUUGCUAGGGAGAUUUCAAUUCCAGAAACCAAAGCACCAACUCUUAUUAAGCGUAUGUCUGUGCAAGAAAUUGCUGAUGAUUUGGAUAAUGUGCAGAAAAAGUGGCUGAAUCACAAUGACAUAUCUGAACAAAUUUCUCUUCCUGAUUACACUUUAGAUUCUGCUGAUUAUAAUGCAGAUAGCAUUUGUGACAGCGUCAAUGUAGAUCUGCAAACCUCAAUUGAACAUCUAACUACUAGUCUCACGGAUCUCCAAGCAGACAUUUCUAGAAUAUCUUUGCAACAAGAACAAGUUGAGAAUCUGAUGAAAGACAGCAUUGAUGAGGGUUCUCAUUUCUUCUUGCACAGUCCUUCAAAUGAUAGUAGCUUUGAAUCAUUGCCUCCUGCAAUGAGCAAUCAUUGGAGGUUUAACAAUGAGCCACAAUCUCGUAAGCCAAUAACUCCUGUAGAUGCUGCCAAGUUCCUACCUCCACCUCACCACCAUGACGGACAUUCCCUGUUGCGAAGGGUGGCACCAGAGUAUGAAUCUCAUAACUUUAAAUCUUUACCCCCUUCUUCCGUUCUACCCAAAGCUCCCGAGGAGUUGUAUUCCAAAGUCAUAAGACCUGAAAACCGGCAGAGGCACCCUCCUAUGAGUAUUCAGAACCAAGUAAAUGAACGUGUGCCAUCUUCUGAAAAUAUAGGUUUAAUAUCUAGGGAGGAUUAUAAAAAACCUUCUUCAAAACCUAAGACUACUGAAAUACAUGUUAUGCUACCACAAGUGCCAGAUUCUAAAUCUUCUGAUAUCAAUUCAGAGAAGAAGGUCAAAGACAAGAAGCAAGGUUUUUAUAUACCCAUUGAAAGUGAGACAAAGAAAACAAAGCCUAAAUCCCUGAAGAACUUAAAAGCUGCUAAUAAUAUGAAUGUUAAUACUGUGCCAAAAUCUACAUCACAAAAAAAUGUGCCAACGCAAGGGAGUGCCGACACUAGUACUUUAGGCUUCGUUAUAGGUGCAGAUUUGGUACAUCCAGAUCCAGAAACUGAAACAGAAAUGGCUCGAAAGAAGGAAUUGAUAAUGAACCUUUCUAUUCAGAGAAAAGCUGAAUAUGAACGAAAGAGGGCUGAAAAGGAGAAAGAAUAUGCAAGAAUGAAAGACGAAGAGCGGCGCAAACAAGAGUAUCACGAGAGAAAGAGGGAUGAAGAAAAGAGGCGAAGAGAAGCAAUCCUGGAACAAUACAGGCAAAGAAAAUUGAGAGAAGAACUUGAAAAAGAAGGCAAUUCUCUUUCAAAAGAUGUUGGGAAGUUUGCAAAACCCAGAACAAGGAGAGAAGUUAAGCAAAGACCUAAAUCUGCAUAUGUUCCAAUGAAUAGUGAUUUGGCUGCUUUACUCUCUGGGGAUAAUACUGCAAAUAAAAGAAUUUCUCAGAUAUUCCCUGGUCGAGACAUGCAUGACUUUGACUUGGAUUCCUUAAACAGUGGGAGUACAGACAGAUCUAGAAGCCCAAAUGCUGGAUUUUUACAAAACAGGAAUCCAAAUCUGCAAGUACCGGAGGGCAGUGGACCAUCCAGUGAUGGAGCGUCAGAUACUGCAUCUAAUGGUUCUUCAGCAGCUGCAGGAGAUUAUACUGGGCCCAAGCUGUUUGUGAAGCCGACUGCUAAGUCCAACAGGGGAAUAAUCAUGAACGCUAUUAACACUGUAUUAGCAGGAGCUGUGAAUUCUGAUACUAAGAAAAAAGUGCUGGAGGAAAUAAACCGUUCAGAAAGCAAGCAUUUCCUGAUUCUUUUCCGUGAUGCUGGUUGCCAAUUUAGAGCUCUUUAUACGUAUAAUCCUGAGAGAGAAGAAGUCACCAAAUUGUAUGGAAUUGGGCCAAAGAAUAUUAUAGAUAAAAUGAUGGACAGGUUCUAUAAAUACAAUUCUGGUGGGAAAUGCUUUAGUGAGAUACAAACAAAGCAUUUAACUGUAACCAUAGAUGCCUUUACAAUACCCAACAGUCUUUGGGCUGGCAAAAAAGUUGUACCUCCUAAAAAAGAGUUCUUCUAAUUUAACUUUGAAUGAACAUAUUAUGCCUUAGUCUGAUGUGUGCCAACAAUACUAUUAUUCGAGUCAAUAUUAACCACUAGGGCUUCUUCGUACUUCGAGAUCACAGCUUAAAACAAGCUUGCAUUUUUAACUUAAAAUGUACUUGCUGAAUACUGAUAUAUAUUUAUGAGUGCUGUAAAUUGUACAGAAAAUGAACUUUUAUACAGAAUUUUCCUUUUUCUAUGUACUUUUGCGUUUUUAAGUAAAAGAAGUAUGUUUUGUAAAUCCUAUUCUGUCAAGUGUUUUUUUGUUGUGUGAAUGAUUGAGUGUUGCUAAAAAAAAUUGAAGAAAUAGAUUGACUUAAUUGGUGCUUUGAAUAUUUGGCUUUGCCAUUUGUGUGUUUAAAUGGAUUUUACCCUAUUGUGAUAAUUUUAUUAGGAAAAAGAAAAGCGUGUAUUUUAGUAUUAAUUGGAGUUUUUUUUUUAUUUACUACUUUCAAACACAUGUAGCUAGAAGAUUUAAAACAGAAAAAUGCAUAAAAGCUAUUAUGUUGAUAAAAAAGUGAUCUUAUAAUAAAAUUCUUGUUUAAUAUAACUAUCCCUUAAAUUUGACGUUUCUUUUUUUUUUUUAAAUCAUAUAAUUUAGUAUGAAUUAGUUUUUUAAUAACUAUUUUCAAACAAAUGUUAGUGGAUUACGAAUAUUGUUAAAAAAGCUAUUAUGUUGAUAUAAAAAAGUGAUCUUAUCAUGAAAUUCCUGUUGAAUAUAUCUCUUAGAUUUGAGGUUUCUUUUUUUAAAAAAAAAGAAAAUUUAAUUUGGUAUUAAUAAGUUUUUUUUUAUUUACUAUUUUCAAACAAAUGAUAGAGGAUAACAGAUUUUAAAGAAAGCUAUUGUGUCGAUAAAAAAUGUGAUCUUAUAUUAAAAUUCUUGUUUAAUAUAACUGUCUCUUAAAUUUGAGGUUUCCUUUUUUAAAAAAAGAAAAUAUAAUUUAGCAUUAAUUAGUUAUUUUUAUUUAUUUUCAAACAAAUGUUAGAAGAUUAUGAAUAUUUAAAAAAAGCUAUUAUGUUGAUUAAAAAAAAGUUAUCAUAUAAUGAAAUUCCUGUUGAAUAUAUCCAUUUCUUAAAUUUGAGGUUUCUUUUUUUUUUUUAAAGAAUCAUGUAAUUUAGUAUUAAUUAGUAGUUUUUUUUGUUUACUAUUUUCAAACAAAUGUUAAAGGAUUACGAAUAUUAAAAAAAGUUGAUAAAAAAGUGAUCUUAUUAUGAAAUUCCUGUUAAAAAUAAACCCAUCUCUUAAAUUUGAGGUUUCUUUUAUCUGAAUGUUUUAUUAGUCAACCAUUAUGGCAAAUGUUGAAUGAAAAAAUUCUAUCUUUAGAAAUGUUUAGUCAUUUAUGUAUCUGAAAAUGUUUAAAGCUUGUCUGAAAUGUGUUAUUGAAAGUAUGUGUGGACUGAAAUAGUAGUUAAAGAAGAGUUACAGCAAACUGAAUGUUUACCAUUUGAUUUUACCACUGUAUAAAAAUUUUUUCUCAAUAUACAACAAGGGACAUAACUGGGAUAAAUUAGGUAUAAAAAUAUUGUCCUGCAGGAAAAAUAAUAGACGGGAAAGAUAUAUUCAAGCAUCACAAGCACUCAGUCGAGGAAAAACUAUGUUAAUUAUUUCAGUACCUUUAGAUUGUAAUCUUACCUGUAUUAUUUAAAUUUUAUUUUUUCCCUCUACAUUUGUUCUAAGUUUUUCUUUAUAGCUUUUUAUAAACCUUUUUUAAUACCUUUUUAAAUAUCUCAGUUAAUAUUUUUUUUAAAUUAAAAAUUUUGCUUAUAAUUUCAUUAUUUAGUUUGCAUACUAGUUAGAAAAAUAAAUGAAAAAAUAAAUACCACAACAAGAGAUGAAAUAGGGAUAAUAACGUGGGAUGAAACUGGUUUUCUGCGAGAAAGCAUUAUUUAUUACAGUACCUUUGGCUUGAAAUUUUAACUGUAUUCAGUUAUCAUAAUAUAUUUUAACUGUAUUCAGUA